AUGACUAGCCAAAUUGUGACCCGCGAAGACUGCCAAAUUGUAGUGAAAAACCACCUGAAGCGUGAACUUUUCCAAAUCACCGACUACCAAACGGGUCAAUUUUUUGAUGAAGUAAACGGCUUCCUGGGCGAACACCUUUUCCUGACUAUCAACGUGCUGCUAGAGGGCAAAAUCCAAACACUUCGGUUCUUCCUGAAGAAAUUCCCCAGCACACAUCCGUUGCAAAGUGAGUUUCUGAGAUCUAUGAACGGAUGGCAGAGGGAAAUUUACUGUUUCCAAACCUUCCUCCCGACCAUCAAGCAAACCCUUCCAGACUAUCAGCUUGACUUUGUGCCUGAAUGCUUCUUGGGUAAGCCAGACGAUGUGCUAGUGUUUGAAGAUCUGACUUUGCGAAACUACGACUUACCCAGACAGGCCAACUUGAACCUUCUGGACAAUGAACAUAUCUGCCUGGCGCUGGCCAGUUUGGCAAAAUUUCACGCCGGGAGCCUUGCUUAUGAAGAAUAUCAGUCAAAACGGCUGGGAGAACCGUUCAGAUUAUUUACUGGUCAAGAGCAACUGGUCAAAGAGCCAUUGCUCAGACGGGAAAACGGGUUUCUCGGCUACGACUUCUUCAAGGCCGCCAUGAAAGGCCUCAAAGCUCUAAUUGGCAAAGUUCACCCGAAGAAUCAAGUAGCGUUGGAGGAAGUUCAACAGAAGUUUGACACGCUGGCUGCAAAGGCCUUGGCAUUAAUGUGCCCACAAACCACCUUCCGAAACGUGUUGGCCCAUGGGGAUUUAUGGGCCAAAAACGUCAUGUUCCAGUACGAAGGCCACAAACCCAUCAAGGCUGUUUUAGUGGACUUUCAACUAAUCCGCUACCAUGUACCUGCGCACGAUGUCCUAAUGUUCUUGGCCUUAACAACCAACCGCCAAGUGAGGCAAGAAAAGUUCCAUUUCUACCUAAAAUUCUACCACGACGCUUUAGCAAAAGAAUUGGAGCGCGUAAAUAUCGACGCCACUUCAAUAGGAAUGUCUUAUGAACAGUUCCAGAAAUCAGUCAGCUUCAUCAUGCCCGAAAUUAAAAUCCACGGCGCACUGCUGCGACUGCAACAAUGCGGCAACAAGGACUUCUACAAGAAGCUUGUAACCGACAAGGAGGCAUACAAAAACUUCAUUUUCGUGGACAAAGCCCCGUUCGCGUUGGAACUGUUUGAAACUGACGCCAACUUCAGAACGUUGCUGUCUGAAGCUGUGGAGGAAAUCAUCGAAGCUGCCCUUUAAACGCAAGUGAUCAGAGAGGAUUGUUACAGGAUUCUGCAGGAUGAACUUGCAUGCACGGACUACGAGUUGUUGCGGUACGAAGUGCGAAGUACGGGAGCGGAAUCGCAGUUGGAAAUUCACGUGAUUACCAAAGGAGGCAGAAGGCAGUUCAAUUAUUUAUUACCAAGUAGCCACUAGAGUUUACAGGAGAACAAGAAAUACUGUUCAAAUACUCAAUUAAUCAGUCUAAACUAAAAUUAGAAAUUUAUAAUAAAGAUAUCACAAAGCAA